AUGAUUUCGACCAGUGGGAGGAAACUGCAUUUCAACGGCUACAAAGUCGUAAACAGUGCAUCUUUCCUCAACCCACUCGAACUGUGGAGACAGACCAGCACGCUGUAUGUUACUAUCACAGACCCGGGCAACAUAGUCGUAGGCCGCGGUAUGCUGCGCAUUCUGCCAGACGACUUCGGUUACGAAUUGAAAACCUUCGAAACAAGCGGGCCAUCGUUGUGGACAAGGACCAGAUCAGCAGCGCGCUUUCUCGCCUAUUUCGCGAAACAGCUUUCUGUGCCGUUUCUUUCGGCGCUUGGGCAACUUCAAUGGCCAAACACAACGCUGAACUACGCCUCUAAGGAAGUAUCUCCAUCCUCCACCAUUCCUUUGAAAGCAUCUGACGGAGUCACCACAAACAUGGUGAUGUGGAAUCCCACUUUCCAAGGAAAGGAUAUCCUUGGACCUGCCCCCACCUUACUCUUUAUACCAGGAGCAGCGGUUGACCACAAGAUGUUCGCUCUUCCGACCAUAGAGCGGAAUGCAGUCGAGUACUUCCGCGAGUCCGGAUACCGCAUCUACUGCAUCACUCAUAGAGUCGGACGAGCUCCCAUCGCUCGAGAAGGGUACACAUCGUAUGAUGCACGGCGCGAUAUACACGCUGCUCUAGCCCACAUCCGCGAGGAUGUCAGCGCAUUGAGUCCGGCCGAGCCCCCCAAAUUCGGAAAGGUUGAUAGUCUCCUGUCCAGAUUUCCCACAUCCCUAUAUGCCCGACUGGUCAGUCCGUACUGGGACUGCACCAGUAGCCGCAACGACACUUCUAUCCAGUCAUUGCUAAACCAGGCGUUGCGCUUUUACCCCCAGGGAGAGGUCGGGGAGUCGUGCCGAUCGGUCGUCUGCCAUCGGAGCGAACUUGUAUUUGGUCGUCUUUGGACCCAUAAAAACCUCAACGACGCCACCCACACCCAGCUGGAACGCUUCCUCGGCGGCACUUCAAUGCGUUCCCUUCAAUGGCUCAUGGAGAGUGGGCGCAAGGAGAACGUUCUAGCCAACGGGCCAACUUUCACCAAUCUCGUCACGCCGGAAAACCUCGAACGCUUGAAGGGUAUUCCGAUCUUGUUCCUGUCAGGAACUGGAAACAUGGUGUUUACUGCCGAGAAUACGGAUAUCUCGUAUACGACGCUUUGUAAUGUGCACGGAAGGGAUUGGUACGAGCGGGAAGUCUUCCCGGGCAAGGGACAUUUAGACGCCUGGAUGGGCUCGACAGCCUAUCAAGACGUUUACCCGAGGGUGAGACGCCACGUUGAUCAGAUUAUGAUGUGGGAACAGGGCCCGUUUGGCAAAAUAAAUAAAAAGGGAAUGCUGUAG